AUAUUCAUCAUAUGAUAUAAUACAUCAGGUUUAUUUUAGGCAACGCCCUAAGGCUGCAGCAGACUCCAAACCCGACCUGAGCUCACCGCCUUCUCCUGACAAUAAUACCUAUACUUAUAUAUUAUAUAUACCUCUCUGUGUCAGUGUAACUGUAUAACCCCCUCCCCCGACUCUCUGCCCAUUAUGGGAUAUUUCUGGACUUGGGAUCAUAUCUGAGCUCUCUCCCCCGCCGGAUCCUCCCUCCCUCCAAACAUCACUCAGUCCUCCUUCUUCUGUCCCGCAGGCUGGCGGAGCCCUGCACUGCACCCGCACUCUCCGAAGCCUCAAGAUGGGCUCCCUGAUCUUAACCACCUGCAUCCUGUCCACCCUCGUCUCUAUGGGUUAUUCCAUCAAUUGUUUUGUCUGCAGAGCUGAAGGACAAUUCUCCUGUAGCGGAGAAGAAAAGUCUUGUCCAAAGGACUAUGUGUGCGGCUCCACCAGCACUAUUACUAUCAUGGACGGGAUGCAAACAAAAACCUUUACCCGGUCUUGUGAAAGAAGAAAUGUGUGUGGAGUAGUUGGGACUAUCGGCUACCAACGGGGACAGGUGAAAACAGCAACGUCCUGUUGUUACACAGAUUCCUGCUUUCCUUCUACCCCUGCAUUACCACUCGAUGAAGCUCGUAAGAAUGGACUGAGUUGUUCUAGCUGCACGGCCCACGAUUCAGACUGGUGUCUCACUAAAGAAAAAAUUGAAUGCACCGGACAAGAAAACAAGUGUAUUUUCAUGAGUCGCGUCUACUCAGGAGCAAAAUACAGCAAAAAUGCUUUUCGCGGUUGUGGAACUAAAGCGAUUUGUGACCUUGGAAGCCAAACCCAUAACUUUGGGGAUGUCAGCCUCCGAACAGAGAUUACGUGUUCAAACCAGGGCCCCAAUCUUCAUUCCAGUUUUUUCAUUUUGCUUGUAACUGUUGCACUAUCAUCCAAAUUUCUUUUCUAGCCUGCUCCUCGUGGGCGGGGCUCUACAACUGUACAGUGUGCCGCUGUUACCGGAGAUCAUUUGACUUUGGCAGGUUGGGGCAGCGGAAGCACAACAUCUACUGGCAUUAUUAUUAGUAGUAUUGUGUUUUUUUUUAGCCCUAAGCACUUUAUCGUAUGCAUUUGGUAUGAAUGUGCUGUGCAUGAGGCAAGACUUCACUGCAGUUGCUGUUUACAUGUCUGCUACGGCCCUCUGCCUUCAAAAGUGUUGAUACCAUGAGGAAAAUAUUGUCCUAAUGAGCAUGCGAUUCCAAGGUACCGCUCACCUAUUACUAUAUUACAAUGCAUUCAGAUACUAUUCAGAUUUUAUGUUACUCUUAAUCCUGUUCUAAUACCCUAUUACUUUACCCUGUGCCCUACAUUGCAAAAGCGGGGCUUCUGUUAGGGGUGACGAUAAUACAAAAAAGUCUAUAAUAAGGAAUAACGCUAAUCUAAAACCUAUAACCUAAUAACCCUAGGCUAUGCAUUGUAAAGCAAAACUAAAGCUACAGUAGAGCGCUCAUCUGUAUCCGGAAAAGAAACCUGUACUUCAUAAUAGGGUUGGCCUUAAUCCAACAUUGGGAGCGCCGGUACCAGGGACGGACUGGGAAUUAAAAAAAAAACUAAAAGUGGUCCCGUUUUGUAGUCGGUCCAAAUUGGUGGAAGGCAGGGCACAUUAUACCACCGCAAAGGAGCCAAACACCACAGUCCAUCACAAAAUACUGCCCCCCAGCAGAACAAAAUACAUCCCUAAAAACUUCCACUGGCCGGCUGUGAGGAGUCUAUAAGCCAAGGUCUAUGGCCAAUCGACCCCAGGCCGGUGCCUUCUGAAACAGCUAAUUGACGGGUGUCGGACCCCUACCGAUAUGAUACUGUGUGUCGGGCCCCUACUGAUCUGAUACUGAUGACCUAUCCAUCGGUUCAAAAAUAUAGGAAAAUCCCUUUAAAUUGGUUCUUUGGGCUACGAAUAUUGAUGACCUAUCCUCAGGCUAGUGUAUGAAUAUCAGAUCGGUGGAGGUCUGACAACUGACAGGCUCGGUAUACUGUGUAGUUUCCGGUACCAAUAUUCUGCAGCUCGGCUCUCUUUCUGUUGAAUGGGAGCUGAGCUGCAGUACCCCAGCACAGCCACUAGGCAGCGUAUAGAGCUAUCUGCUCCCACAGCAUAGUUU